AUUUUCUCAAAGGCAAUUUGGUUCUUAUUUCGGACAAAGAAUUUCGGUGGAAAUGAGUGCGAGUAGUCUGGUAGCUGAAGCUGUGUGGAAGCAGAUCGAGUCGACCCGAUUAGUGACUGACGAUCAGCUUUCAAUCUUGCAUUUCUUGUUUGGCAAGAACUUCGAGCGAGCUACUCGAAUUGUUGAUCAAAGAGGGGUGAAGAAAAUUUCAGGCGACCCAAGCACGCGGUCUAUCUUUCAGGUUCUGGGAGAAUCUCGAAGGAAAGAGGAGUAUUUAUGUUUCCCAGAAAACUUUUGUGCCUGUUAUUCCUUCUUCUAUGACAUUGUGAACAGAGGAGAACAACUUUGUUGCAAGCAUCAGUUAGCUGCAAGGCUUGCUACUUCACUGGGGGCUUGCAUUGAAGUUAAAGUAUCUGAUGAAGAGCUGGCAAUAUUGUUGUCCAAUCUCUGACCCUGUAAUGAUGAUGUUAUCAAAGCCAACACUCUUAGUGCUCGAACUUUGAGAGGUAAUCAAACCACAUAAUUGUAUGAAUGUUGACCUUUUCAUGCUACUCAAGUAGCUUUUAUACCCGAUCUAGAUAUUGAGCUCAUAUGAAACUUGCGCUAUAACCAUCACAACAUUCUAGGUUUCACUGGUGAGAUGGUAACUCUAAUGUGUUUGUCAUUCACUAUUUACUAAUAUGUUCUGUUUUACGAGUAAAUGUGGACAAACCAAUCCAGCAGUAUUUUGAAAUCAAACACCUCUCUUCCUCGACCUUCCUACUAUUUUGUUCAGUUUUUGCAUCAUGAUAAUUUCUUGGUUAAAAUGUCAUUUUGGUCCAAAGUUCCAUUUUAUUUUAGUUUUUGGACUUUCAAUUGUAUAAUUUUAGUCCAUAUAUUCUCAACAAAUUUUAAAUUUAAUCCUUCAAAAUUAAUUUUUGUUGAAAUUGAUUAAAUAAUGAUAAUAUUUUUUAGGUAAGAAAUGCCUUUAUGUAAAUAUAUUCUCACAAUUUAUAAGGGGAAUGGUAGUAGAGACAUUUUUUUUUUAAGUUAACAAACUAAUUGCAAGAUUAAUUGACCAAAAUUGGACAUUUAAAAUUACAUGGACCAAUAUGGAACAAAAACAAAAGUAUAGGACUAAAAAAGUAUUUUAACCUAAUUUCUUUUUCUUCAGGAUCCUGAAUAUUUGAGGGGAAAUGAUAAACAUCUAGUAGAGAACUUUAAGUUGCACUUGUAAAAGGACUAUAUCAAACACUUCGCAGGUUACAUCUUCAUUUCUUGAAGGGCAGAUGUAAUUUUCUUGGUGAUGUACAACACGAAAUAUAGAUUUUUUCCCCCUCCUUCCAUUUGAGAUUGAACCAAUUUAAGCUUUGGUUCAAAUGUGGUUAGAAAGGCAACAUUUUAAUAUUUAUUUGGAUCCUGGUGUUUUCUUGCGAUGAGCUUUCUAGGACUAGUUUUGGCAUAGAGGUAAAUUUAGUUUAAACCCGUAGUUCUAAGAAAUCGGUAUCUUCUCCGAUGCAAUGCUGCAUUGGUAAUAGGAGAUAGGGAAGGCAAUUUCAUUGCAUUCGUGAAGUUUGUAUAUUAAAGUAUAUCUAUUUUGGUAUUCUUCAUUAAUAAUGUUGUAUACAUAUAUUAUAGGUUUUGUAUCUAUAGUACGAGUUUUUGCCUUUUUUUCCUAGUGUGUUGGGCUUCUUCUUGAGAAAAUUGUAUGGCUGACACAUUUUGGAGGCCCAAAAUGAAAAAUGCCCCCUUUUCUAAAACUUAAUAUUGGCCUCUUGUUUACGUCAUCUUCAAACAAUUUUACAAAAUUACCCUACUUACAUUUUCUCUCUUCCUCCAUCUUCUUUAUGCAUCUUCUUUCUUUUUUGAUCCUUCUCCGGUGAGCGCCAGAUCCGGUUUUUUUUCCCUAGACUGUGAGCGAUCAGAUCUGAUGAUGUUACAGAAGGAGACUAAUGCUGGAGAGUGAGAAAGGAGAGAGGAAAGCGAGAUUGAGCAAGAAAAGAUAGAAGAGAACGACAUCAAGCGAGAUAGAGGAGAGCGAUCCUAAGAAAACAGGAGAGAGAGGAAAGAGAAUAGAGAGAAGAUAGCGAAAGAGCAAGGAGCGAGAAUUGGUCAUUCUGUGUGGGUUACGUUUUGGUAAUUUCACUCAAAUUUGACAUUAACAUACGGUCAAAAUACCUUAUUUUCAAAAAGUGGGACAAAUAUCAUUUUUCUCUCCCAAUUUGGGUCAUCUGUAAACACCCCCCCCCCCCAAUUUUCUUUUCCCCAAUUUUCUUUUUCUUUUUCUUUUUUUUUAGACACCCUGUAUCAUACUAUUAUUUCAUUUCUUUUGACAGCUUAGUUGUUUUGUAGAAAUGUUACAUAUAAUAUUGUUAAUAUUAUAGUUUUUAAUGAUUGUGUUUCUUUUCUGUAA